UCCAACAUGGCGGCUGCGGCGACCCUGGUGAUGGCGGUGGCGCCCCGCAGAACAUAGUGGCGGGGCCGGGGGCACGGUCCGCACCCGCGGCGGCGUCGGCGGCGACGGCGGAGGGCGGCGGAGGGCAGCGAGGCGGCGGAGAGCGAGCGAGCGGGCGCGCGGGCGGACCUCCCCGCGGCUCGGAGCCGGGCGCCGGCGCGAGCCCGGGCGGCGGGCCGCCACCGGCGCGGGGAUGGCGGAGCCGCGCCGCGUCGCCUUCAUCAGCCUGUCACCGGUGAGGCGGCGCGAGGCCGACUUCCCGGGGCCCGAGCGCGAGCCCGAGCCCGCGGCCGCCCGCGAGCCGCCGCCGUACCGCGAGGCGCCGCGCGCGCCGGAGCCGCCGGCCCCAGCCCGGGAGGCGGCCCCGCGGCCGGACGCGCAGCCCCCCGCGCCGCCGCCCCCCGCGCCGCCGCCGCCGCCGCCGCCGCCUUCGCGCGAGGUCAGCCGCGCCGAGCAGCCGCCCAUGGCGCUGCAGCGCGAGCCCCCGCGGCCCGAGCCGCCGCCGCCGCCGCCGCCACCGCCGCCGCCGCCGUCGCUCCCGCAGCUGCACUUGCCGCCGCCCCCGCCGCGGGAGCCGGCGGCCGCCCGCGCCGAGCCGCCGCGCAGGCCGCCGCGGGAGACCGUGCGCCUGGAGCUGGUGCUCAAGGACCCCACGGACGAGAGCUGCGUGGAGUUCAGCUACCCGGAGCUGCUGCUGUGCGGGGAGCAGCGGAAGAAGUCCAUUCACACAGAAGACCCGUUUAAUGAUGAGCAUAAGGAGAGGCAAGAAGUAGAAAUGUUGGCUAAGAAGUUUGAAAUGAAAUAUGGUGGGAAGCCCCAUAAGCACCGGAAGGAUCGGCUACAAGAUUUAAUUGAUAUAGGCUUUGGCUAUGAUGAGACAGAUCCAUUUAUUGAUAACUCAGAGGCUUAUGACGAAUUAGUUCCUGCUUCUCUAACAACAAAAUAUGGAGGCUUUUAUGUCAACACUGGUACUCUGCAGUUCCGCCAAGCUUCUGACACCGAAGAAGAUGAUAUUACAGACAACCAAAAGCACAAACCACCCAAAAUUCCCAAAAUAAAAGAAGAUGAUAUUGAGAUGAAGAAGCGGAAGCGGAAAGAGGAAGGGGAAAAAGAGAAGAAGCCAAGAAAAAAAGUUUCCAAGCAAUUGGGAGUCGUGGCCCUAAAUUCACACAAGUCUGAAAAGAAGAAGAAACGCUAUAAAGAUUCUCUUUCUCUCGCUGCCAUGAUACGAAAGUUCCAGAAAGAGAAGGACGCUCUAAGGAAGGAGCCAAGCCCCAAAGUGUCCGCUAGCUUGCCCACGUCCUCUCUGAACAAGCCCCCGUCCACUGCUGCAGCGCUGGGCAACGACGUCUCGGACCUGAACCUGAGCAGUGCCGACCCGGACCUCCCCAUCUUCGUCAGCACAAAUGAGCACGAGCUCUUUCAGGAUGCGGAGAAUGCCCUGGAGAUGCUGGAUGACUUUGACUUUGACCGACUGCUGGAUGCUGCUUCCGACGCUAGCCCCCUCUCGGAGUCGGGGGGCGAGAACGGAAACGCCACCCAGCCGAACUUCGCCUCUCAGGGUCUGCCCAAGGUGAUACCUACUCUCCCAGAGGGUCUGCCUGUCCUUCUGGAGAAGCGGAUCGAAGACCUCCGUGUAGCUGCCAAACAUUUUGAUGAAGAAGGAAGGAAAAAGUUCUUUACACAGGAUAUGAAUAAUAUUCUUCUGGACAUUGAGUUACAGCUCCAGGCACUGGGCCCUGUCGCCCGGAGUGGCGUCUACUCGCACCUCGAAGCUUUCGUGCCGUGCAAUAAGGAAACACUGGUCAAGCGGCUGAAGAAGCUGCAUCUCAAUGUCCAGGAUGAUCGUUUACGAGAACCUCUGCAGAAACUGAAACUGGCCGUUAGCAACGUCAUGCCCGAGCAGCUAUUUAAGUACCAAGAGGACUGCCAGGCCCGGAGUCAGGCUAAGUGUGCCAAGUUACAAACAGACGAAGAACGAGAGAAAAAUGGAUCGGAGGAAGAUGAUGAUGAGAAACCAGGGAAACGUGUCAUAGGACCCCGAAAGAAAUUCCACUGGGAUGACACCAUUAGAACGUUAUUGUGUAACCUUGUUGAGAUCAAAUUGGGAUGCUAUGAGUUGGAGCCAAAUAAGAGUCAGUCGGCAGAGGAUUAUCUUAAAUCAUUCAUGGAGACAGAGGUGAAACCAUUGUGGCCUAAGGGCUGGAUGCAGGCAAGAAUGCUUUUUAAGGAAAGCCGAAGUGUACACAACCAUCUCACUUCUGCUCCGGCAAAGAAAAAGGUGAUCCCUGCGCCUAAACCCAAAGUGAAGGAGUGCAGCCCCAAGAGGGACCAGAAGACGCCCGCGCCCGCAGCGGCUGCCGUGGCCGGCCCCUCAGCGGGCUCGAGCGCCUCCGCCGUGGCCUCCACCAGUUCCGCCUCGGGCCCAGCCCAGGAGCCCAUCUGCCUCGAUGACUCCCUCGAUGAAGACCUUGCUUUUCCUCCGCCCGCACUGGAGCUGGUCUCUGAGGCUCUCGCUGCUCUCAACAGCGGCAGCAAGGGCCCUCCAGCCGGUGCCCGGCUCACCGUGCCCACGGCCAAGCCUCGCCCGGGACUCAGAGAAGAGAAACUCGCAAGCAUCAUGAGUAAGCUACCCCUGGCUGCGCCGAAAAAACUCGAUUCUGCUCAGACUGCACAUUCGUCGAGUCUCAUCGCUGGCCAUACCGGGCCAGUACCAAAGAAACCCCAGGAUUUAGCUCAUACUGGCAUCUCUUCAGGCCUUAUUGCUGGUUCUUCGAUCCAGAACCCGAAAGUCUCCUUAGAACCGUUGCCGGCCAGGCUGCUUCAGCAGGGACUGCAGAGGGCGAGCCACCUCCACGCUGCCUCUUCCCAAGCCCACGGCUCCUCUUCCUCCCCGGCCCAAGCGGCUGCCUCCUCUCACGCGCUGGGAACACCCGAGGCCCAAGAUGCUUCUUCGUUAGCGCAAGUCACAAAGGUGCACCAGCAUUCCACCGUCCCGCAGAACUACGUGUCUCCACUGCAAGCAACCAUCAGUAAGUCCCAGACCAACCCCGUGGUGAAACUGAGUAAUAACCCCCAGCUUUCCUGUUCGUCCCCACUUCUGAAGACUUCAGAUAAGCCACUUAUGUACCGCCUCCCCUUAUCCACCCCCUCGCCUGGAAAUGGUUCUCAAGGGUCCCACCCCCUGGUUUCUAGGACCGCACCUAGCACCACUACCUCCAGUAACUAUUUAGCCAAGGCGAUGGUGUCACAAAUCUCCGCGCAGGGUUUCAAGUCCCCCUUUUCAAUGGCUGCAUCUCCAAAACUUGCCGCGUCUCCGAAACCCGCCACAUCUCCUAAGCCCUUGCCCGCACCUAAGCCUUCUCCCUCGCCCAAGCCCUCUCUGUCAGCUAAGCCUUCCGUCUCCAGUAAACUGCUCUCGAAGUCCAGCCCGGCGCCCAAGCCCGCCGGCUCCCCCAGCUCUCCCAGCCCAAAUGCACUAGUCGCCCAGAGCAGCCACUCCGGCGGCGGCAGCAACCCCGCCCACAAGCAGCCCGCCGGGAUGGGCGUGAGCAGACACUCUCCCACCUUGAACUUGCUGCCCUCGAAUCGCACUUCAGGCCUUCCGUCUGCGAAAAGUCUCCAGGCCCCUUCGAAGCUAACAAACUCUUCAUCCACUGGAACUCUCGGGAAGAAUAGCUUGAGUGGGAUCGCAGUGAAUGUACCCGCCAGCAGAGGCGGCAGUCUGAACUCGAGCGGAGCCAAUAGGACUAGUCUCGCAGGGGGAACAGGAAGUGGAACACAGGGUGCUACUAAACCGUUGUCUGCUCCACACAGACCAUCCUCUGCCUCAGGGUCCUCAGUGGGAACGGCCAGCGUGCAGCCCACAGCAGGAGCGUCCUUAUUGGCUAAUGCCUCACCUCUGACUCUCAUGACAUCACCUUUGUCUGUAACAAAUCAAAAUGUGACUCCUUUUGGGAUGCUGGGUGGCCUUGUUCCAGUGACCAUGCCCUUCCAGUUUCCCCUGGAGCUCCUUGGCUUUGGGACGGACACCGCGGGAGUGACAGCCGCCUCGGGAUCUACCUCAGCCGCUUUCCACCACAGCCUAACUCAGAAUUUACUAAAGGGUUUACAGCCAGGAGCCCAGCACGCAGCGCCGCUCUCCCACUCACCUCUGCCCGCGCACUUACAGCAGACGUUUAACGAUGGAGGCCAAAGUAAAGGGGACACUAAGUUACCACGGAAAUCUCAGUGACUUCCCAGCAAGCCAAGGAGAUGAGACACUUAGCUGGCUGAUGGGAUCUACCUGAUGGGAACGGACUCAUGUGGUCAUAGGGCUGCUGUUCUGUCGAUGUUUACAUUCUCUCGUCCCGAGCACUGUGGUGAGGAGGAAAAAGAAAACCGUUACUUGAGUAAAGCCAGCUGCAGGAGGAAGCCGUGCUCUCUAGCACGGUGAGCGACCUCUGGUCUCUCCUAAAGAAAGACACAGUUAACCAUAUUCACUGACUUGAAAGAGACUCAGUUGUCAAACCCACAGAAGUAUCAUUUUUUUUUC